AUGAGCGUGCGUAAGGCACACAAUGCGGGUCGGAAUCAUCUGAGGAACGUGGUGGAAUACUAUCAACAGAUUGGACAGGAAAAGGCACAAUCCGUCAUUGACUCGAUCACGUCUUCAUAUGCCGCCGAGGGCCAAGCUGUUCCCAACCCUGCAAUGGCUCCUCCGGGUGCCUUUCCCCCACCGUUCGGAUUCCCUGGUCGCCCCGGUCAACUCCCACCUCCUCCAUUCGGCAUCCCUCCCCCCGGAGGGCCCAAUGGAGUUCCCCCGGGCAUGCCCAUUCGUACGUCCACACCCUCUAUCAUCCCAUUUCUAUUCUCCCGCUCUAACACUGACACUCCGACAGCACCACCCGGCGGUAGAGGCCUCCCCUUCCCACCUCCUUUCCCCCCAGCACCAGGCGGCGCCCCAGGAGGUCUUCCCCCUCCGCCUCUCGGCAACAUGCCCCCUGGUCAAGGAUUUCCUCCUGUCCCGCCACCUGGCGGAUUCCCGCCUAAUUUCCAGAUUCCUCCUCCCGGCGCUGGGGGAUUCCCUCCUGUACCUCCUCCCGGCCAGCCUGGUUUCAGUCCGAACCCUGGGCCCGGUAUGUCGGGUCCCCCGGCGCCGCCGGGGAUGGGCUCCUCGAGUCUGCCGGGGCCUCCUCCGGGACUAGGUGAAAAGCGAUGA